CGUCGGCGGCGGCGGCGGCGGCGGCUGCAAGUUGGGCUGCAGGGGCAGCGCAUACACUACAAUGGCUGCUGGAAAGAGGCGUAAGGAAACAAUUUCCAGGCCCGCCGCGUCCAGCCCGAAAUAUGAGAAAAAAAUUAUUAGAAAUUCCGCGGGCGGUGUAAAGGCGGCGGACGGGCCGGAGGGAGGAUGGUGAAGCCCCGCGGUUGCCGCUCGGUGCUACGUUGGCCGUACUUGGCACCCAGAAUGCUUCACUCUCUGAUGAUGUAUUGAUAAGGGUCCCUUGCUAGAGUCUGAAGCAGGGUCUCCAGGUACGUGGCCUUUACCAUUAUAUGGCAUGGUUUUCAACGUCACCAGUUAUUCCAGCUCCUGAAUUAAACAAGAUCCGAUAUGGAAAGCUUUGGAAAGCAUGCCACAUAAUAAGCAUGCCACUCUCUCAGCUCUGUAUUAUGAUCAGCCGGACUCCGAUUCACUCGGUCUAAUGGAAGGAUUGGAAUGCUGGCCAGGAGCAGUCUCUCUUCCCCUGUGGGCAGGACGCAUCGUUGAUGGAAAAGCUUAUUAGUUCAUACUCCCCAAAUAGCCCGCACAUGAACUUUUAAGCUCUCCCAUCUCUGCAUCUCGUGGCCCGUGCCCCACGUUACCACCAUGCUGCUUCUGUGGCUGGGAGGAAUCUGACGGAUGCAGGGCAGGUGGGGAGGGGCGGCCGCCCCCGCCCCAGAGCUGUGGCUGGGCUGAGACUGGAGUCAGGAUCUCAGCGGACAGCCCCGGCUUGCUCGCCUCCGUAGGAAGUGGACACACUCGGGCUUCUGUGUGUCUCGGCGUGUGCAGAUGUGCGCCUCGGGCACAGAGUGGAGGUGUAGGGAGUCCGGGCAUGUGCGGACUAGGUACCAGGUAAGUUCAUCAGCAGGGCCUCAGAUGCAGGCCUAGAGCCCUCAGGGGGAAGACUGAUCGCCUCACAGGUGCCGUGCCAAAUGCCAGCGGGUACAGGGCUUGGAUCCUCUACUCGGCCAGAGGCAGCAAGAGGCAGUGAGUGGGAAGUAGCGGAGGCCAGGCCGGGCCUCCGCUCAGUAAGAUGAAAGGUAUUGAAAUUCACCGGUCACAUUCUCUAGCAAGCGUAAGGUUUUAUGAAACCAGACAAUAAACUUGAGCCAGUGUUAAAGUUGUAGCCCUUUAUUGCACUACAGGUGUUCUUGAAGUAUAUUCGUAAAAGCUUGUGACUUUGCAGUGAUAUGCAUCAUUGAUUACUUGUAUUACAGACAUUCUUGGAGUGUAUUCUUCAAAGUCUGUGACUUUCCAGUGGUAUGCAUUAUUGAUUAUUUUUUGUACUUCACAGUAAUUUUUAAACUUGUUUUUUAUGGAAGUGGAGUUUUAGCGGUUUGAAAAAGGAAAAAAAAAGUGAACCAACUAAAAUAAUGCACAUUGUCUCCUUUUUGAUUUCUGUUGUAUCUCUAAGCAGUCAAAACUGUUCUCUGUUUCGACAUGAUGCUCAUAGUUUCACAUGAAGAACAACCUUUAAAAGGUAUUGCGUUUUGCUGUGUUCCUUUUCCCUCGCUAUUUGACUUUUACUCUAUACAAACCAUAAACUAGAAUUGACACCCAUCUUACACGGAAGGAGUCACGGAACAAAACAUUUGAAAGUAGAAAUGAUCUAAAAACCUGGCCGGCUGCGUGGCCACCCAAGUCGGUAGCUUCCUGCCUGCAGGGGCCACUGAGUAAAAUAUUCCCACAACGGACACGGGGUGGACCCCUGGGAGGCCAUGAUGUUCCCAGGAAGUCCCCCCGCCAAAAAAAAAAAAAGACAAGAGACGUAUAGUUUCAUUCUGGUGGAACUGAUUUUAAGUUGAUUGGAGAUUUAAGGAACUUGGGAACAUCCACCUGCCUGUUGAGUCCUGAAAUCACUUACAAGUAGGUGACAAAUCCUGAGUGUGGGCUCUGCGACAGGACACCGAGCAAGUGCCAGAGAGGGGACUGGAGCUGGCAGUCACUCUGGAGUGACAGCUGCACAAGAGCUCAGUGACCUGUCGGGGGUGGGGUGGGUGGUUCAGAGAGGCACAGAACUGAAAUUCUUUCUCAAGCAGCUGGGACCAGUGGAGGAGCCACAGACUGAUGGCUUGUCUCGUCAGGGUGGUCCCGGGCAGAGUGGAGGCUCUGGGGAAGUGGAGGAAGUGGGUGCCCCCGCUUUGACACUUUUGCCGCAGUAGUGAGCCUAGUCGACUUCAGCUGUGUGGGAAGACAUGGAAGCGGCUGAUCCCAGCUCCAGUUUGACCCUAGACUGUGUGGACGUAACGUUGGGUGGCCAGAGUGAUGAAUGACACGCAGAGUCUGGCGGGCACGUGGGCUCUGUCUUCUUUCCUCUGCUUAGCGCCCCUCGCAGUUUGGCACCCACACUGGACAUUUGUGUCAUCUGCCAGAACGCACGUCGCAUGGUACUUGGCGACAGCUUCAGUUGCGUUCACUCUGCCGAAGCUGUUUUUGUUUGUUUGUUUUAGCUAAUUAAAAUCAUCUUCCCUUCUUUACUUUGGUCUCAGUGCCUACUGGUCUUGCCUUACUAUUUGGAUUUCUUACAGAUUCAGUGUGAGUGGUUGAAAAGUUCGAACGCAAAACCUGUAUUGUGCUGUUUGUCAUUUUAACAACGUUGGGCAUUUCGUCAGAGAAAGUGAAGCUGUAGCCCCCAACUAGUUAGGUCCAUUCAGACUGACUGUGUUCCCAGCCGGUGUGAAGCAUUCUUGUGGCCCACCGUCCCUAGUUUCACAGUUUGGGAGAUUGGCUGCUUUCAGAUCACACUGACCCCAUAAGCUGCCUUACCUUUUCACGCUACCCAGAACGCCAGUAUUUUAGACGUCCUUUAUACAGAAAGAAAGCAGAUUGAAUGUGGAGGGCCUCGAAGAGUCAGGAAAGUUUUGACUAAACUGUCUUCACUGUGUAUUCAGAUAUAAUUACUGUUCUUUAUUCUCGAGCAGCAUUGCUUUCUUUUUGUUCUCUGAUUUUCCCGUUUGCAAAGAUACGAAUCGUCCUUUAUGGGGAGAAAAAGUGCAACUGCCCCCAGUGAACCACCCUUCAGUACUUUAUCUAAGACUGUCCAUGUUUUAGACAGGGCUGAAGAGAUGGUGCGGCGGUGAGGGCACUUGCCUUGCACCCAGCCCAGCCAGCUCCGAUCCCCAGCACUCCUGUGGUCCCCGGAGCCUCCCCCGCCCCUGGGAGCGACUGAUUGCAGGGAAAGCCCUGAGCACCGCUGGCUGAGGGUCAGUAGCCCCACCUCAAAUAACAUACAUCAGGAGGGUACGGCUUUUGUCAUCUCGUAGUUAAAAUGUAGUGGUGACUCGUAAGUUACAGAACGUAAAAUAACGGGAAAAGCCUUUUAACCUAAUACGACAUUUUCUGCUCCAUAAAACCAUCAAGGAAAAUGUUUCUGACCUGGAAGAUGAAGUUUGAUUUGAAUAUUCCAUCUGUAGCCUGUGGUCUGUUUGCUCUCUAGGUAUACUCGAAAACCAGCAAACAGACAUACCCGGCGCAGGAUGGCCGAAGGGAGGUCCUAGCUGUGCCGAGGCUCAUGUCAUCUGUUGGUCAGCAUAUUGUUGACUUCCCCCGCUCUGUUGACUCGGGAAAGCCAGUGGGUCUGUCUGCUGUCUCCCUUGUCUCUUGGUUUUUGCUACUUGUGUAGUAAAAGUGAGUUUUCUGGGGCCAGAGAAAGAGUGUAGGGUUAAAGGUGUUCCAAUUGGUCAACCUUAAUUUUUUUUAAAAUUUUCGUAACUACAGCACCUCAUGCAGCAAAAUGAAUUUUCUGAUAUGCAUCAUUUCAGGCAUAAAACGAGCUUUUCUGGCCCCUGCCACAGACCCAGCUUCCGCCCCUCACCACCCCUGCUCUCUCCUCUGCUUCCCCGUCACCGCCCCACCAUUCAGGGGUGCUGGUGCCAGCUUAUUCCGCGCUUGGAUUUCUUGUUAGAAGCAGGGGCUGCGCUUGGAGCAUCCACGUGUACUGUGCGAUUUCUUAGCAGUCAGGUCCACCCAAGAACGCUCAUCUCCUGCAACUCUCCGAGUAUAUUCCACCACUUUGGUCCUACCACUGCUGCUGCCUUUCAAAACUGCCUUUGUAGUGGUCGACGUUCAGGGAUCAAAUUGUGUCACGCUUUUUUCCCCUGGGCUCUAGUUGUCUGUUCUAUCUUGUGUUUGCUCUAGUGAUGGAACAAGCCUCUAGUUCAGUUCAUUGCUAGAAAGCACUUGCCCUGCUUUAGUUUCCUUCAUUCAUUCGGCAAGAGUUUUCCUUCCUAGGGGCUGGAGUGAUAGCACAGCGGGGAGGGUGUUUGCCUUGCAUGCGGCCAACCUGGGUUCGAUCCCCAGCAUCCCAUAUGUUCCCCCUAGCACUGCCAGGAGUAAUUUCUGAGUGCAGAGCCAAGAAGAACCCCUGAGCAUUGCCGGGUAUGACCUCCACCCCCCCCAAAAAAAAAGUUUUCUUUCCCUCCUUUUCUGGGAAGUAUUGAUGAAUAAAAAAUUAACAGAGCACCUGCCCCACUGUUCUCUGCAGUGUUUGUAAUUUGCUGAAGAUGUCAAUAGCUUCCAGGUUCCCCCCACCCCUGCUUUUAUUUUUCUUCUCUAAUAACUGAUUUUAAGACCUGUGAAAACUGAGUGCUGUAAGAACUAUCAUACAGAAUCCAGAAGUGUUCUAAGUGUGCUGUUGCCUUAGUUCAGCCGUUUGUCUCCGAAAUAGUUUAUUUCACAUUAUUCAGAGUUCUGAUCUGUUUUGUAAACAUCAGUGAAAGUAUUGACCGCUGGUAAGUUUCCUUUUGCAAUUAACCUUAAAACAUGAACUGUGAAAGUCAUGUUUUAGGUAAAUGUGGACGUUUUCUAAAUUGCUUACUAAUGGGAGUUUCUCGAUUGACAUAGGAAGAAUGGCAUUUUUGUUUUCGAUGUCAUUUGUCCUUAAUUAGCAAAGUUUGAUUUUGACUUAGCUAUGAAAGACAUAUUAUGGAAGGUAAGUAUGGCAAAGUUCACAGCUAUUAGAGAAGUUACUAUCAGAACUGAGUAAUUUCAUGAAAACAGUCUAAGUAUAGGCAGGCCUGUUCUUUUUGGCCUGUAUCCUCAGAAGAAUUCAUCUUAGUAGACCUUCUGAUGUAUGAUUCACUUUUGCUUGCUAUUUUUCUAUGUGAGUCACCGUUUCAGAAUCUAAAACAUAGAAGAUAAAUCUGUCUGGCAACACAUGGUCUUCUCUUUAAUUAUUGUUUUUACAUAUACAAAGUUGCCAUAGGAAGCAAAGGGUCUGUUCUGACGCUACAAAAUAUUCAUAAGGUUUUCUGAAGCAUCUUAUAAGUGAUUUGAAAUCUGUGGCAUAUACAUUUUUCCACAAAGCGUAUGCUUUAUGGUUCUUCAGAUGGAGGCAUAGAACUUUUAAUUACUUAAAGCCAAAUAACCCAUCCUUGGAACAUAGAAAGGAAAAACAGAGAUACAAAUUGUGCCUCGUAGACUUUUCAAAAUAGCAGUCACCGUCCUGUCGAAGCGUGCCUUGUAGAGUCUGGAGAGAGCUCGGGGGAGGCGCCCUGUCUUCCUCAGUCAGCGCAUCCCCGCACCGCUGGGUGCCCCCCAAACCAGAGCACCCCCUAAAGAUUGCAGGCGUAAAGCAGGCUUUAUUUUUCACAUUUAUUAUAUCAAGCUAAAUAAUAAUGAACUCUGUCCAGCCCCUGGUUUCCUUUGUUUGGGAAGUAAUUAGCGGUGCUCUAAGAUGAUUUGGCCACAUGUAAGAACUCAUAGCAAUUAGGGUGAAUUUAGGGAAAUUAACCAUGACUUAGAAAUUGUGUUUUGCGUUAAAAUUAAUGAAAAUUAUGGCUUUAUGUAUUAUUUUGUUUCAGACUGUAAAAUGUGUAAUGGGUAAUUUGUCGGCUUGUCAUACUUUAGAUCAAGAUAAUAUUGUUUUACACAAGAUUGAAAUACUGAGGUUCUAAAGGAUUUUGAUUGUUAAUGACCGGGUGCAGUAAGCAUGAUGUUUUCAUCUUUGAGAUCUGUAGUAAAAAUUAUAUCGGACCGGAAAAGAAGAAAAAUAUGUGUUAGUUGGUGAUGAUCAGUCGACUUUGGUUUUAGAUACUUGUCAACCCGAAUCAUUUUCCACUCAAACAUGAUAGUUACUAUUUUAACCAUGGUUUAAACUAUGUCAAAUUUACUUUGCAAACUGUAUCAGUUAAAAGACGCUCUUAAGUCUUAAAUGUGUUUCCUUUGGGGCCUGACUUGGCAGCUCUGACAGAGAAGUAAGUACUAACUGCGCCUCCUUGUCUUUGUCCUCUGCACCCGCUCUGCCGGCCUGCCCUCCUGGCCCGGGCUAGUCCGCGGGACACGGGAGUCCGAGGCACGGUCUCCCUGUGCCCCCGUGUUGCCUUCCACGCCCCACUCUGAAUUGCAGAGAUGAUGCUGGACACUCAGGUCCGUGACUUUCAGGUAGAUGGUAGAGAUGAGAACACGCCCCUCACAGGUGCUAGAGUAACUAAGUGCAAACACACGGGCUUCCAUCCUCUAAUAACCCCACCCAAAACCCAGUGUGUGCCCUGGGCAAGUAAGUAUUUACAAAAUUAAUUUUAUUGUUUUGCAAUUUUUAUGUGCAGAAUUCAGUUCUUCCAUUUAUGCAUGCCCUGUGCUUUCCAGAAGAAUGGAGCUCUCGCUUUUAACUUUUUACAUAUCUUUUGUUGGCCUAAAUUUUAAUUUUUCUUGUCUUUCAAGCUAUGAGAAUAAUGCUGCUUUCAAAUAUACUCAGUAUUUUUGCAUUGAUGCUUGAAUGCCACCUAUUAAAUAUUAAUACAUCAUCAAAUUCUGUAAAGUACAUCUGUAAAGUUCGUCUGGGGAGUUUAAUCAAAUUUAUGUUUAGGACAACACCUAAAAUUAUUUUCAAUAAAAUAUUAUUGGUGGAUAUGGUACUUGAAUCUUUUGAUUAGGAUUAUCCCUCUCACAUUCUUAAUGAUUAUUUUUCAAUAUUCAUCUUUAAAACAAUUCAGAAUUUACUAAGCUCUCUGUGCCCUGUAUGCUCGAUAACAGAUAAUACUAGUUCUUUCUUCCUUUUGACUAUUGGUCUUUCACUUCUACUGGUGUAGCCAAGAAUUACUAACCAUUUUAUUUUUAUUUCUUUUUCAAUGCAUGUUCUUAUUCUGCAGAAGAUCAUGCAACUGAUAGGCAGUUUUAAGCUAUUAAUUAUUUUUUAUAGUGAUCUCCUGAAGCCAAAUGAUGCUUCCUUUCUCAUGACCCUUUCUCCUGUAGUAACCCUGUUUUUAAUUUCCCCAGUUUGCUUCUGAACUCUUAAGAGCAAGGGUUUCUGUUGCAUUUCAGCAGGCCUGGCAGGUUCUGAGGGGUGAGCUGGCAGGUGUUACAGGUGAUGGAAGUCCAGUGCAGAGGUGCGUGUGGGUGUGUGAGUAGUGCUCCCAGGAGGAGCUACUGUUCUUGGGUGACAUACCUCACACACACUUUCCAAGAGAGGCCUGAGUUGGGGGUGGAUAGUACAGCAGGUAGGGCAGUUGCCUUGCAAGCAGCUGACCUAGGCUCAAUCCCUGGCAUUCUGUCUGGUCCCCCGAACCCAUCAGGAGUGAUCCCUGAGCUCAGAGCUACAAAUGAGGCCUGAGCACUGCCAGGUAUGGCCCCAAACAAACAAACAAACAAACAAACAAAAAAGACCUGAAUUUAUCUCUUCUGCAGUCACUAAGUGGAAAGAAGUUCUGACGAGUCACUUGACAGCUGGCUCCGCUGGUUAUCCUAAUACCCGUUUAUCUCAGUGGGCAAGUUCAUUUAAAAACCAUAUGGAAUUUUGGAACCAAAAAGGGACGUCAUUCAGCAUCACAAAAUGCCGUUUGUGUGGGUUUUGCUAUUUCACUUUAUUUCUGCAUUUAUUUGGUUGUGUAAGUGUGCUUAGAACUAAUCAUCAGCGGUUGGUGAGAAUUAAUGCAUGACUCGGCGGUGGGAUCUGGACCGAAGCAUGCGCCAUCACAUUGCGACUCUUUGUCCUUUGUUUCCCGCCCUCCCUGUGCCGAUUUCCAUCAGAGCCUCGUCCAUUCUUAUUCUUUCUUCCAUAGGUUGGCCAAAAUGGGAAGGACUGGAUUCCACUCUCUUCCACGAAGAGUCAAUGGAACUGGCUAAAGCCACACUCCGAGGCUUUUUCCACCUGUCGUCAGGCACAUGGCCACCCACUCUCCCGAGAAAACCCACAAGUGUAACUAUUGCGAGAAAAUGUUCCACCGCAAGGACCACCUGAAGAACCACCUGCACACGCACGACCCCAACAAGGAGACCUUCAAGUGCGAGGAGUGCGGCAAGAGCUACAACACCAAGCUGGGCUUCAAGCGCCACCUGGCCCUGCACGCGGCCACCAGCGGCGACCUCACCUGCAAGGUGUGCCUGCAGGCCUUCGAGAGCACAGGCGUGCUGCUGGAGCACCUCAAGGCGCACGCCGGCAAGGCGUCGGGCGGCGUCAAGGAGAAGAAGCACCAGUGCGAGCACUGCGAGCGGCGCUUCUACACACGCAAGGACGUGCGGCGCCACAUGGUGGUCCACACGGGCCGGAAGGACUUCCUGUGCCAGUACUGCGCCCAGCGCUUCGGCCGCAAGGACCACCUCACGCGCCACAUGAAGAAGAGCCACAGCCAGGAGCUGCUCAAGGUCAAGACGGAGCCCGUAGACUUCCUGGACCCGUUCACGUGCAACGUGGCGGUGCCCAUCAAGGACGAGCUCCUGCCCGUCAUGUCCCUGCCGUCCAGCGAGCUGCUGGCCAAGCCCUUCCCCAACACGCUGCAGCUGAACCUCUACAACAGCGCCUUCCCGUCCAUGCCCAGCUCGGGCGCGGCCCACCAGAUGAUCACCACGCUGCCCCUGGGGGUCACCUGCCCGCUGGACAUGGACGCCGUGCACCCACCCCACCACCUCGCUUUCAAGUACCCCUUCGGUUCUACCUCAUACGCCAUCUCCCUCCCGGACAAGGAGCCGCCGCUGAAGGGCGAGCUGGAGAGCUACCUGAUGGAGCUGCAGGCCGCCGCGCCCGCCGCCGCCGCCGCCUCCUCCUCCUCCUCCCAGGACGCGCAGGCCGCAGCCCCGGCCAAGGCGGGGCCCGAGCCUCCGGGCGCGUCCCCCGAGGAGGCCGCCGGCGACCUGGCCCUGUCCAAAAGCUCCCUCUCCAUCGGCGACCCCUUGGGCACGCCGGCGCUGGACUUCUCGCAGCUCUUUAACUUCAUCCCGUUGAACGGCCCCCCCUACAACCCCCUGUCGGUGGGCAGCCUGGGCGUGGGCUACUCCCAGGAGGAGGCGGCCUCGCCUGGGGCCCCGCUGCCCGCGGCCAGCCAGGAGCUGCAGGAGGCGGCCAGCACGCUGGGCCUCGGGCCCCUGCACUCGCUGUCUGCAGCCUUCGGCAGCAGCCUGGGCACCAGCACCACACUACCCCGCUUCCACCAGGCCUUCCAGUGACGCCCCCGGCCAGCGUUCCUCUCCGUUUCCUUCAGAGAUAACGCGUAGCCCUGCCUUAGAGGAACGUGUUUAUUUUAGUGCCUACGUAAAAGACAGUUAUGAAAAUCUCCGCUUUUGUAUAGUCCCAGUUUUCGUCAAGCCAGUAUAAGAUAGAAACUAGCUUUCUCAAAAGCGCUUUGGAGCCAUUUGUGUUCAGUCAUGUUUACUCGGGUGUUCUCUUUGUCCUGACUCACUGCCAGGGGCCAUCCUUUCAGAUUCUUCUCAGUACCGGAGUUUCGUCAGUAUCCAUCACGUCUUACCAACGCACCAGUUCUCUCAAAUCUUCAGAUUCUAAAUGUUUGUUCCCGCACCGAAGAGUGGCUCUGCCUUUUGAAGCCUGGCUACUUAGUAAGUUUGCAACCGAAUGUAAAUUUUUUAUAUGUAUCAAUAACCCGAGAGUUUUUAGAAAUCUUUAUACGCCUCUGAAUGGAUUCGUAAUCAAAGAUCACAGAUGAAUGAAGAAUCCACUUUGGAGAAAUAACCAACAUUUCUUUUCUUUUUUUUAAUUUUUUUUCGUAUACCAUAACUUCGGGUCAGUAUAUUUUUGAAGGCUUGCUGUUGUCUGGUCAAAUAUUUUUUGUCUUUAUUAUGUGCAUAUAAAGAAAACAAGACCUAAACGCAAAGCAUUAGUCUUGAUAGCGAAGAGAGAAAGGCUCUCGUGCAGUGCCACGGCACGUGGCUUUCUGUGUUAGCAUCAGAGCUGGCCUUAGAUUAGCCCACGGGUUCUUCUGCCAUGGUGCAGACUUUCUGCUCCCUUUCCACCCAGCAAUACUAAUAAUCUCUGGCAUCGGAGUCUCCGGAAUGAUUGCACAGCUCUUUCUUAGUCUUUUCCACCUUCCGUGGCCAAAGGGUGGGUCAAGUACAACCAGCAGUUUUCUCUUGACAGUCUUUUCCAGGAUCUUGAGCCUCCGUGGGAGACAGAGCCAGGAUGCACUGUCUCGGCUGUGCAGGGCAGGAGAGAUGUCAAAGCGGGAAGAUGCGCGAAGCACACAGGUCAACUCGGGGGCUCCACUAGGCUUCGUGUCCCUGAUUGCUGAGGGCAGAAACUGGACUCUUAGGAGUGAAGCAGAAAGUCUGUCGUUUCAUCACUCAGUGAGAUUUUCUUUCCCUUAAGAGUCAGCAGCAGAGAACUAGCCUUGCCCCCGUGGUACCUCUUUUACUCAUGUUCGUUUAUCUUUUCCUUGGCCGUUUUCAGAUGAAGAAUUUUAAAAGUUAGAUGCCUUAGAAAAAAACUCUUUGAGGAAUGACCACAAAGUUUUAUAAGCAGCUGAAAAAUAUAUACAGUCAAACCCCACUUUUACACGCCUCUGAGACAUGGAGUAAAUGCUGCAAAGAAGAAUUUAUAGAGGGGAAGAGAAAGUCAAACACGCACUGUCUUAGCUCACGUCAAAGUAACAAUCAGGAUUCUCAUGUUCACUGAAGAAAAUCAUGAUUGCAGGCGUUCUUCUUGGUAGACAAACACCAGAAUCUCAAAGAUCACAUUGUAAUCAUCUUCCUAAGUCUUGGUCGGCACAUCAGCCCAAGAAGCAUGGUCUGUUAAGCACUUGCUAACACCUUAUUUGGGAACCCUGUUGUUGGGGUGGGGGGUGGGGCGCGGCUUUAGAGAAAACUAUAUGUCUCUUUUAAAAAGAAAAAAAAGGAAAAAUAUUUUUUGAGCACUCAUUAGCCCUAUACGGAGGUGUCUUUCCCUCCUGUAUAGGACCAAUUAUUACUGCAGAUUGCAGUGUUUACCAAGAAUUUCUAAAAAUGAGUGCAGAUCACUGAAUAUAAUACAUUAUUUAAAAUAUUGGGGGAGUGAUAUGAUUUGUGGAGAAAUGUACAUUGUAAUGGUGUAAAUGGGGGUUUCACUCUAUAUAUUAUAAAUAUAUAUAUAUAUACACACACUAUAUCGCACUUCAUAGAGUCAAGAGUUCCUCUCAAGGAGCUUUGGCUCCUGAUAUUUUAUCAUGCUCCGAUUUUUUUUUAAUCCUAGGAGCAGUAGUUUUUAUACUUAUGUAUUUAAAUUUUAUUAUUAAAAAUUACAUUUUAUUAAAAAAAGUGUGUUCCAAAGGCAUUAAAAUUAUAUAUGUUAAGGAAAUGCAUUUAAAAAAUUUUUUUUCAAACUGCUCCUAAGCUUUUGAUUAGGAGAAUAUUUGCUCUGAAAGUAGGCUCUGAGCGCGGCUUCGGUCCUGCUUCCGUUGGUUUCUGUGAAACAGAUUGCUUACCUAAAUCACUAGUUGAAUGAUUAGUGUUCAAUAUUGCUUUAAUCACCAUUUUAAAACAAGGAAAAAGAAAUUUGGUGACAGAGCACAUAGAACUAGAAAACCUAUUUUUAAAAUAGUAAACAAAAAAAAAAGCACUCGUGUCUACAAUUUGCUUAAAAAGAAGUCAAAUCGAGGAGCGGAGACGUUGGCCUCAGUAGGCUGUAUUUUACUACUAGUGAAAGAUUAAAAGGGAGUACCAGAAAUGAUGAAAUGAAGCAUCGUGGAAAUUCGGGCAAGCGCCUUAAAGGUAAAUAUAUAUAUAUUUCUCGCCUAAUUCCCACCCUGCAUAGAAUUUAAUUCCCUGGAGGCACAUCUCUUAGGGCACCAGUGUCAAAACUGGUGUCUUCAAUUUCUUCAGGACACUCUUGGCCUAGAACUGCCCCACUGACUUAAAAUAACACUUCCAAGAAAGGGGGAAUUCGGCUGAUUUGUUUUUAAAACUGACCAUAGAGGUCACUAAACCCUUUUUUGAGAGAACUUUAAUAAAGAUGAGGCAAACUCAUUUGUUUUAAUUGCACAUGGUCUAACAAGGAUGUAAUGCAGAAUUGGCUCUUUUUUUUUUCUUUUUGCCUAGAGAAAAAGAGAUGACAGUUGUUUCAUGUCAACUCCAUGUGAUUAAAAAUUACUGCCGUUCUGUUUUUAUUUUCUGGUCACAAGAAUCAUCACCCUUGAUUUCUGGUAGUGCCUUUGCUUCGCAAAAAUAAAUAAAAGGGAUUGUUAUUAAGCAAAUAUUAGGGUCUCAGACAAGAUAUUGAACCUCAUUCAGUUUGAACUUCCACGUGUGUGUACGGCUUCGGUCCCCAGACCUGGAGGCUGGAAUGUGGAAGGAUCUCAACACUGUAAGCAAUACUCUUCCUUGAUGUAUGCAAGUAUCUCUUACAAAUCUGCCUUCUAGAACCCGAUCCCCGAGUUCAGUGUUUCAGAACUUAGCUGGUCCUUAGCUGGUCCAGCACCACCUUUCACAGCUUUCCGUUUAUUUCCUGUUCCCUUCAGGUGACAGGUUUUUGCCUGUUUGUUGCUUGUCCUUCGUAAUUCCCAGUCAUGUAUGGAGUAUAGUGAUAUAUUGCGUUAAUUUGGACAGUAGCGGUUUUUAAAAACCAUAUGCUGACUGAAACAUGAGCCAGAGCUGUUUGCUUUAUUAAGCUAAUAAUGAAUGUUAGAGAGCACAUAUUUUCAGGAUGUUCAUCUAGUAAGCAAUAUGCAUAUUUAGGCCAAUAUUUUUUUAAAAGAGCUUGGUCAACCUCUAUACUACACAUAUUACAAGAUAUAGCACUUUCAAAACGAAUCUAAAUCUUUACAGAAACUUUCUUAUAGGUGAUGCCUUUUGUUUUAAGACUUACUAUAAUUUGUUUCAAGUGCCAUUAGAUGAUAUAUAUAUGUAUAUAUAUAUGUAGGCCUUUGAUAUAUAAUGCUUUGUGUUCAGAAAUGGUAGGUGGUAUUUUAAACAGGUACAUUUUUACAGUGUUCUCUUACCAAUUUGCUCUAUUGCACAGAAUCAGUGUGUGUCUUUUCAUAAGGUUUUACAAUGGUUUAUUUUUUUACAAGGUUUACGUGUCUCAAAAACACACUGUCUUCCCAGUAUGUAAGUUAAGAAAAAAAUACCAGUUCCCCCAAGUUGCUUCUAGCCUACUGAGAUCCACGUGAUGCUGGGGAGGUCUUUUCAACAUCGAGUAUUCUUCAUUAGCAACCGCAGACUGUUACCUCUCACACACAAGUCCCGGCUGUCUUAUCUGUACAACACUGUGUCGGACGUAGAUCACGUCUGGUGGUUCCACAACUCCACACAAGUGGUACGGUGCAGUUUUGUGCUCAUAAUCCAUAUAGAACUCCUUUGCAAUCACACACACACACACACACACACACACACACACACGGCAAAUGAUGCUGCCAGCAGAGGAAAGGCAUGUUUGGGUUACCUUAUGGUCCUGACACGGCGUCAUCCAGCACCGGAAGUUGGCAGGCAGUGUCUUUGAUAGCGAUCUGGCUCUGGAAAUGACAGGAUGUUGCUGAUGGGUAAGACUUCCUUGUGUAAGCUUCAGUGGUACAGACGAACCCGAAUGAAUGUCCUCUCCUCAGAAACUCUCCUUCAAUGUCACGUUGGGUCAUGCUGCUAAUGCAACUUGGGCUACAACUCUCCAUGGUGCUACAAACUCCUCUGUCUCGUUCAGUUGUAUUUUUUUUUAAUCCAUAGACAAAAAGGACUUCCUUUAGUGUAAAGGUGUACAUUAUAUUUUUAUACUGUGACUUCAUUUGUCAGUGACAGACUUUGACACCACCCACCACAAUGUAUUUUGUGUGCACUUACAGAAGGAAUUCUCAGUGCAAAUGUUACCAGAACAAACCCAGCUUUUGUCCAGAAGGUGACUGUAAUUCAAUAUGAUAAAUGGGCUUUGUGAUAUGGUGUGGAGUGAGGAACAAGCCUUGUGUUACUAACAGCCCUUUGAAUUGAACAGAAACUUGGAAUCCAUUCGGAAAUGGAUUGCAUCAAGCCCGGACAUAAGCUGGACUGCUCAAAUGUAUUUUUAGCUGAUGCAGAAGUGUUUGAACUAGUACCUAAAAACGUUCUAAUGGUAAAGUUUUGAGUUAAAUAGAAAAGAAAAAAAAAAUCUGCAUUCCAUGCUGAAUUUUGUAUAUUUUUAUUGCAUUUAAAGUUACUAUUCUGUGAUAUUGGGAAAUCAAGUGGCUUAUCCUGUAUAUCAUGUACUUAAAAUGUAUUCACAAACUACUGUUGUAUUUGUAUAAAAUAUAGACAAAGAUCGUAUUUUCUGUGUGCGUAAGCUCUGUACAAUAACCAUCACGUUGGGACGCUGCAGUGAUACAUUUUAAACAUCCACACCCAAAGAAGCAGGCUAUUUAUUGCCCAGUUUUACCCAGAUAUAAAAUAUUACUUGCUGCUAAUUAAGUAAUAGUACUGCAGCUUUUGGUGGCGUACAGUGUUAAUGUUUGCUGUGAGAAAAAAAAAAGAUAUGUGAACUCCACAAAAUAUAUGAAUAAAAUUAUAGAAUGGCUUCAGUUAAUAUAGAUUUUCCUGAAAUUUUAAUAGGUGAUACAUUUUUAUUCGGUAUAAUUUUUUCUCCUUCACUUUGAAUUUUAAAUAUUUUCUCAUUUGAUUAACAUGAGAUUCCAGUAGCUGUCUCUAGAACAGUACUUUGUUAUUAAAAUGAAAUGGAGUGUUCUAGAGGGUUUUUUGUUUUGUUUUAAAACUUUUGUACCUUUAAAGGAAGGAUAUAAAUUGUAAAUAAAAAUAUCAGAACAUGUUGCAUCAAAACUUUAAUCCCGGUGAGCAUUUCAAAGAGAACUCUACACACAUUUCAGGAAUGUAUAAGUGAAGAAUGUUUCUUACUCAUGAGAUAAAAUUGGCAUUAAGCAUUCCUCUGAUACCUUUUUUCCCCCUGUCAGUACUAUAAAUUAUCCUUUCACAAGUUCCUUUGGGGGCUGUUUGUCAAACAUUCUGUGAAAACCCGCCCUUGUUAAUUCACCUGGACCGGAACAGUGAAUAGCAUCCAUAUCAUUUCAUGUAAUACUUACUCAUCACUUAACUAAUAAUGCAGCUUCAGAAAAUCUGAUGUUCAUUCUAAAAUUCUGUGACACCAUCGGGGAGUGGAGUGUGAGAGAAAUCUGCUCUCUUCCCCAGAGCCUUCCUUCAGUAGGGUCAGAUUCCUCUUUUUGACUUGCCUACAGGAGGAAACGUUCUUCACUGUCGCCCUGGGAAGCUUAACUACUGUGAAGUAUUUAAGUUUUGAACCCUGCCCACUUGCCUUUUGUUUUAAUAGACAGAAACGAUCAAGUCCUGCAAAGUUUCUGCCUAAAACCGAAAACAAGGAAACCCAGGAUGUCCCGACGUUCCCUACAGCUAUGGUCAACACAGAGGUUACCGUGGGUCAUAAAUCUGCUCCGAAGAGGUCUUUGGGCGAGUGUGAUGGUUAAUUUCAUGUGUCAACGUGGCCAGGCGGCCCUAUCCCAUCCCUGUCUGCUUGAGUCCAACACCGUGUCUGGGGGGGUUGCUGGGAGGGUCUUAGUGGAUCAAUGUCAGCCAUCAGUUGGUGGAUUUCUUAAGGGUGUUUGUUCUCCUUCCCCUUCGCAGUUGCUGUUUUGGUUUGUGUUUGUUUCCGCAGUGGUGGCAUUCGCACACAUCCCCAGCUCCGGUGCUCAACCACGCUUGCACUUCGGUGGCCGUGCGGGCACGCGCACACUGGGACUGACACCGCACUCUCACGGAGGCACACGCUCUGGCGGCGGUGCUUGCUGGGGGCCGAGAGUCAGCUGAUGGUAAAGCAAGCAAAUGACUGCAGAGAGUGUGGGGUGGGCCUCGUCUAAUCUGUUGAGGGGCCCUCGUGAAGAGCGCCUCCUCCUGCAGGUGGGAAUUCAGCCUCCAGGAUUGCCUUUGGAAUUGAGCAACAGCAUCAACUCUUCCUGGGUCUCCAGCCUGCCCGCCUCCCCGGCACCUUCUGGACUUGUCCACCUCCCAGUCACAUGAGCUAAUUUCUUGCAAUAAAUUUGUAUGUACGUG